AUAAUCAAAUAUAAAUGGUUAAUAUUGCUGUUUAUCAUGGCUAAGAAAAAGUCUCUCGUUUCUUCAAAGGGAAAACCAAAUAAAACUUUGCAACAGAAAAAGAACAAGAAAAAAACUAACAAUCUUCCAUCGAAGUUCAGGAGAAAGAAAAGAAGAGACGAAGAGGCUGAUGAGUUUGUUGAGGUGGAAACUGAUGGACUCUAUAAUCAUGAACAAGAUGAAGAUUUAAGACAUCAUAAUGAUGUUGAUGAUGAUGAUGAUGAUGUUGACGAUGAGGCUGGACUUUAUACCAGAGGACUUGUCACUCAACACAUCAAAAAGAAGAAAAAAUCAGGAGGAUUUCAAUCUAUGGGCUUAAGUUUCCCAGUGUUUAAAGGAGUUAUGAAGAAAGGCUACAAACUUCCCACACCUAUUCAAAGAAAGACAAUACCAGUAAUUAUGGAUGGGAAGGAUGUGGUGGCCAUGGCACGUACAGGUUCUGGUAAAACUGCAGCCUUCUUGAUACCAAUGUUUGAAAGACUCAAGGCCCAUUCAGCUAAGGUUGGCGCUAGAGGACUUAUCCUAUCACCAACCCGUGAGCUGGCCCUCCAGACCCUGAAAUUCACCAAAGAGCUGGGAAGGUUUACUGGCUUGAAGGCUGCUGUUGUGCUAGGUGGAGACAGUUUGGAAGGUCAGUUUGCUGCAUUGCAUGGAAAUCCAGAUAUUAUUGUAGCCACUCCAGGACGGUUUCUUCAUGUUGUGAUGGAAAUGGACCUGAAACUUACAUCGGUGGAAUAUGUUGUGUUUGAUGAGGCUGACAGGCUCUUUGAGAUGGGGUUUGCCCAGCAACUUCAUGAAAUCCUGAACCGUCUUCCAGACUCCAGGCAAACUCUUUUGUUUUCUGCAACUCUUCCAAAGCUACUGGUGGAUUUUACCAAAGCAGGCUUGACUGAUCCUGUGCUUAUAAGACUGGAUGUUGACUCCAAACUUAGUGAACAGCUUAAGCUGGCUUUCUUUUCGGUGAGAUCAGUCGAUAAACCAGCUGUGCUAUUGCACAUUCUUCAAAACGUGAUCAAACCAAGUGAACAGACCCUUAUAUUUACGGCUACAAAGCAUCACGUAGAAUACUUGAAGGAGCUGCUAGAUAUUGCUGGAAUAGAGAGCUCCUUUGUUUACAGCACCCUGGACCAAACAGCAAGAAAGAUCAACAUUGGCAAGUUUCAACACAAGAAGACGAACGUGAUGGUUGUUACCGACGUGGCCGCUCGAGGAAUUGAUAUUCCCAUGUUAGACAACGUGAUCAACUAUAACUUCCCAGCCAAACCGAAGCUUUUUAUUCAUCGAGUAGGUCGUGUUGCAAGAGCCGGUCGAAGUGGGACAGCUUACUCCCUUGUGAGCGGUGAUGAGCUAGCCCAUAUGGUGGAUCUUCAUCUUUUCCUUGGUCGACCGCUAAAGUUUGCUGGAAAGGACUCGCAGGCUCAAGAUGAUGGGCUUAUAGGUACGGUUCCUCAGCUGCUCGUAGAUGACGAAGAUAAUUUUAUGAAAACGGCGCACGACAAAUCACAUGACUUGGUUUCUCUUCGACAAGUUGCUGCUAAUGGAUACAAGCAGUACAUCAAAUCCAGGCCGAAUGCUUCAUCAGAAUCUGUGAAGAGGGCGAAAAAGAUUGAUACUGGCGCGCUUUCUAGUCAUCCUUUAUUCAAGUUAUCCUCCAAAGAGGCGACAUCUACCAAGGUCGACAUUUUGGAUGGUGUGAAGAACUUUAGACCUAAACAGACUAUUUUUGAGAUUGGUUCAACAUCAAAAUCUACGGCACAAUCCAUUAUGAUGUCAAAACGAAAACGUCACAGUGACGUAAUUCAAAGAGCUCGGCGGCUGAAACUAGAUGAUUUGACCUCUGAUCAGGGGAGGGGUGGUGGUGCCGAACAAGAGCCCGAGGAGACCGGUCCAACUACAGAUGAAAUCCAAGGAGUUUUCGCAACUGUGUUUGAUCCUAGCCAGAAAAAGAAGCAUAAAGGGUCCAAGUUUGAUCCUGAAGGCCUUGUCAAAAAUUUCAGAGACGAGAAUUACAUUCCCCAUACCGCUGCGGAUCACCACGGAGAGAAAGGACUUGGGCUUGGCUUGAAGUCGUUUGAAAAGGACGUAUCUGGCGCUGUUAUGGAUAUACAAGCUGACGAAGCUGAAGGAAUGCGACAGGCUAAGACAAUCAAAAAAUGGGAUCGUAAAAGGAAAAAUUUCGUUGGUGAGGAUGGAAAUGUAAAGAAAAUCCGAACUGAAAGUGGCAUUAGGAUUCCAGCUUCCUACAGAAAAAACAUCUACCGGGACUGGUUACAAAGACACAAGAUGGACGUUCCCGGAUCCGAAGAUCGUGAGGAGAAUGGAGCGAGACCGGAAUAUAGAAGAGGCAAGAAAGGUAACAGUGGAAGCAAAUACUCGGCCAACAGGAAAGGAGUGGCGGGGAAAAGCUUCAAACCGCGUGGGAACGAACUAAAAUCCAAGGAACAAAUACUUAAAGCUCGACACAGGAAGCAACAAACUAUGCAGCGGCAAAAUAGAGGAACACAGAAGGGAAAAGGCGUAAAAGGAAAACCGGGCAAAAAAAAAUGAAGGCGGGGAAUUAGCGACGUUUCCGGCGCCUUUUCGUGGAACCAUCGGAAGCCGUCCAAGGAGUUACCGCUUAAUAUUCUCCAAUCAUAAUCGGCUACGUGUUUUGGAAGUUGUAACUCGGUCUAUGAUAAACUCUAUGCUCAUUUCAGGUUCAGUAAAAACCGUGGGCACCAGCAGUAGGUCAUCGAUUGCGUUAAAAAUGAGUUGGCUUGAACUUCGUCGACCAAACGAACUGAACAGUCGACGGUACACGAAUACAACUUUGUGGAAGGGAAUUAGUGCGCAGAAUCUUGAAAGCGGAAGUCUGUAGCAAUUAAUAUUUUUCCACUUUUAAACCGAAUAUCCUAAUAUCUUAUUCUGGUCAGUAUCUCUCUUGUUCAUCUUAAAGAUAUUUCAGAUUGAGACAACUUGGGGUCAAGUUUGAAACAUCUUUUUCGUUGGUUAAUUUUUCUUCUCUAUUUUGAUACGUGCUCGAAACGCAUCUUUAACGACUUCACUGUAGAAUGGUUCAUCAAUUUUAAGGUCAUUUCUGGUCAUUUUGCAUAGUGAUUUUACUUCAGCCCCUGAAGGGAAAGGAACAAGAGCGGACCCGACAAAGGAAAACUUAAAUUGCGUAGAUUGGUCUUCCUUUCUCUGAUAACCACCGAACCACGCUGACCUCUCGGUAUUGUUUUGCGAGAAUGAAUAAAAAACGUUGCGAACUGCUGCGAAAACGGAACUUUAAAGAAUUUUGUACUCUUCAUACAAGGAUCUUGUACUUUUCCUUGCAAAUUUGUCCCAGUUCCUCUCACGUUAAAUCAUAACCGGAAUUUUUAAUUUCAAUAUUGGAUAUGUUAUUUAUUAAUAUACUACCUUAUUGCCCCUAUAAACUUGUUUUCCAUAAAAAUCGGUGUUUUUUGAUCGGUAAUACCAAUAGGAGUGAACGAAUACACACAAGUCCUCCAGUUCUCUGUUUUUCGGUCAGAACAUGACUAAAGUAACUUUACAGCAUAAUAGUAGUAUCCUCUAGUGAGACGAAACCUUUGAAUUAAAAGUUGAUUGGUGGGUGAGAUAUUUUGGAGAUAAGAUUAACUGAAAUAGAACGAGGAUGAAUUACAGAUGGAUUAAAGUUGCACGCCUGAAGACUUAUCUUCUCGUAUGAGCCAAAAAAACGUGAGUUGUCUCUUUUAAUAUGCUAGCGUUAGGAAAUUCUCUAAUGCAAAGCAGUUUGUAGAUAACAUUUAGCCUUGCAAUUUUUUUUGCUAUUUUUAUUUAUCUUUAAAUCUCGUAAUGUUGGCCAUUGUUGCAUGUUUUGGUCGAAAGCGGAUAUCUCGUGUGACGUACGUUUCAAUUUUCUCUAUUAGCAUACUUAAAACUCUCCCAGUAAACAAACAUUACGAUAAAAAAGAAGCGUGGGUUUAAAUCAUUAGCAAGUAUGUUCGUAUUGAAACCGACACAGAUAAAUAAAGGAGA